AUUUUCUAUUUUGUACAUACAUUGUUUUGUAUAUACUGUAUAUGAUGACUUCGGUGGGCAGUGAACGUACCCGGGGCACUCGGGACAAAAUGCAAAUUUCAACCACACAGCCAACACAACCACAGAAACAAGUAGUACAGGCAACAGCAGAACAAAUUCGCCUUGCUCAGAUGAUCUAUGAUAAGAACGACGCAGAUUUUGAAGAUAAAGUGAAACAACUUAUGGAAGUGACGGGGAAAAACCAGGAUGAGUGCAUAGUGGCAUUACAUGAUUGUAAUGGGGACAUCAACAGAGCAAUCAACAUACUCCUGGAAGGAAAUUCAGACACGACUUCUUGGGAGACUGUAGGGGGAAAGAAGAAAAGCCUUGGAAAGGAAUGUUCAGAAAACAAAGAGAACAGAGAAAAACGAGGGGACAGAGAAGUGAGUCGCGGACGGGGAAGUUCCAACAGACGGGGAAGAGGAGGCAGCCGUGGCCGAGAGUUUAGAGCUGAAGAGAAUGGAGUGGACAACAAUCAAGGAGACAGGCCUUCAGACCGUGGAAAACGUGGCCGUGGGAGAGGGUUUGGACGUGGCAGAGGGAGAGGAGCGGGGAGGUUUUCAGCCCAAGGCAUGGGGACAUUUAACCCUGCAGACUAUACGGAGUCUUCUGCCACUGAUGGCUUUGGGACAAAAUCAGAGAUUUGGGAGACUGGUCAGAAUGAUGCAGAUGAUGGAACUGGAGCAUGGAAAAACUCAAUAGAAGAAUGGACAGCAGAAGACUGGAAUGAAGAUCUUUCUGAAACAAAAGUUUUUACUGCUUCCUCUGUUCCAGCUGAGAAUCAUGCGACUUCUGGACAAAGCAUUGAUUUGGUAACAUUGCUUCAAAAGCCUGUGACUUCUUCCCAAGAGACAGAAGGCAACUCAUUUGAGGCUCCUCAGCAGCAGACCUUUGGCCAAGCCCUAGUCUUCACAAAUUCUCAGCACAGCACCCAGAUGGCAUCAGGAACUGGCAGCUCCAGUGCUGUAAAUUCGUAUUCUCCUCAAAGUCUGUCUGCAGUUCUCUGUUCUGGCUUUGGAGAACUGGGAUCCUCUAAAUUGGCAAACUCUACUGGAUCCCAAAUCUUGGACCAGUUGAAAUCGCCAGGGUUGGGUCAGUUUACCUCUCAACAAAACAGUAGUAGCUCUACCACCACUACCACAACUACCGCAUCAUCCUGGGAUCUAAAACCACCCAUUACUCAGUCGUCAGUCCUGAAUCAGUUUGACUUUAAAUCCCAGCCUGAACCAUCCCCAGUUCUGAGCCAGCUGACCCAGCGACAGCAACAGCAAACGCAUGUAGUUCCUGUUCCUCCUCCUGGGCUGGAGUCCUUCUCCUCCCAGGUAAAACUCCGAGAGCCAUCACCAGUAGACACCUCUACAGCUGUUAGCAAAAUAUUACAGCUCCCCACUAUAUCUAUGGGUAACCAGGCAGUGACUGCCCAUCAGACUCAGCAGAAACAGAUAAAACCACCAAAACGGAGGAUAACUCCAGCAUCCAAGAUUCCUGCCUCAGCAGUGGAGAUGCCUGGAUCGGCGGAUGUGACAGGGUUAAAUGUUCAGUUUGGAGCUCUGGAGUUUGGAUCAGAGCCUGCACUCCCAGAGUUUGGAUCAACUUCAGGCAGUGAGAAUACCAGCCAGGCGACCAACAAUAGCUUGUACUCAAAAUCUGUGAAGAGGAAGGUAAAUGGUGCUUGGUGCAGCUGUGGUUUUAAAGCGGUGAUUACUGGGGAACAAAGCAAAAUUAUUGAUCCUUUGAAUACCUCUUUGCCAAUAUCCAAUACAGUACCGGAGUCCACCUACACAACCUCUGCCAUCACCUCUUCCAGUCUGACCUGCUCAUCCCAGAGCACUAGCCCAGUAACAACAACUUCCUCCUAUGACCAGACUUCUGUGCAUAGUAGGAUAGCGUACCAAAGCUCCAUAGCUCCAUCUGAAUCAACCCCUGUUGUAGUUACGAAUGGGCACAGCAGUGUUAGAACACAGGCAACUCUUGACACUACUUCAUCAGUUCCAACGCCUAAGACAGAGCCUUCUCCCUCACUACCUUCUGCUGGUGCUCUGCCUAGUGUGGUAUCCACCACUGCUUCGCUUCUGUCUUCAGCAUCGCAGCAUGCAGCAACAUUGCCCAGCCUGCCUCAGUCCAGUGAUUUGGCCAGCAGCUCACUUUCCCAGUUAAGCAGCUCCCUUUCCAGUCAUCAGAGCAGCCUCUCCCCUGCCUCAGUGUUGUCUUCAAGCACAUCACAUGCACACACUAGUGUUGAGAACACAACUUCGCUGCAGCCUUCAACAGCCUUUUCAACUGCUUCAACCUCAGCCACUAGCACCACCUCUUCGGUUGUCAGCAUGGCAAGCAGUAUGAACACUACAAACAGUCUUGGCCUGAGCGUUACCAGUGUGUCUAUACCAGCUGCUACCACACGGGCAGCUCCCUUAGUGUCUUCAGGCAAAACUCCCCCAAACCUGCCCCAAGGUGUGCCGCCCUUGUUGCAUAACCAGUAUAUUGUGGGACCUGGAGGACUUCUACCUGCCUACCCACAGAUUUAUGGUUAUGAUGAUCUCCAGAUGCUUCAAUCCAGGCUGCCAAUGGAUUACUACGGAAUUACAUUCCCUGCUCCUGCAACCUUGACAGGCAGAGAUGGGAGCCUUGCUAACAACCCGUACUCAGGUGAUGUAACAAAAUUUGGCCGUGGGGAUUCUGCCUCCCCUGCUCCUGCUACCACGCUCGCCCAGCCACAGCAGAGCCAGACGCAGACUCACCAUACAACUCAGCAGCCCUUCCUCAACCCGACCCUGCCCCCGGGGUACAGCUACACUGGGUUACCUUAUUACGCUGGUGUGCCUGGCGUACCCAGUGCAUUCCAGUAUGGGCCAACCAUGUUUGUACCUCCAGCAUCUGCUAAACAGCAUGGAGUCAGCCUCAACACCGCCUCGACUCCUUUCCAGCAAGCGAGUGGCUAUGGGCAGCACGGCUAUGGAGCAGGCUAUGAUGACUUAACGCAGGGAACGGCAGCUGGAGAUUACAGCAAAGGAGGCUACAGUGGGUCAUCUCAAGCACAAAACAAAUCUGCUGGCACUGGACCUGGGAAAGGUGUUUCUGUGACCUCAAGUAACACAGGUGUGCCUGAUAUCAGUGGCUCAGUCUAUAACAAGACUCAGACGUUUGACAAGCAGGGAUUCCAUGCUGGCACACCGCCUCCUUUCAGCCUGCCCUCUGCUCUUGGAUCGACUGGGCCACUGAACCCUGGUGCUGCCCCGGGUUAUGCUCCAGCCCCAUUUCUCCAUAUCCUGCCUGCGCAUCAGCAGCCUCAUUCCCAGAUGCUGCAUCAUCAUCUUCAACAAGAUGGGCAGAUUACAAGACGUGGAGAUGUUGCAGAGCAGAAAUGGAUCCGUUCAGGGGGGAGCAUCGCUGUGUUGGGUGGAUCUGGCCAACGCAACCAACCCAGCACCAUGCAGCAAAAAUCUCAGGCUACCAAAACCGCCUAUGGCACUUCUCCAUACUGGACAAACUAAAUCCAAAACCGGGGAGGGGGGGAGAAAAUGAAAGGAGAGGAGAAGAAAAAAAAAAAAAGGGCAAAAAAAAAAAAGAAGCAAAAACCAAGCAAACAAAAGAAAAGAGAAAAAGAAAAAAAGCUGAAGCCCAUUCCUGGAAUUAUUAGGAGAAGAAGAAACUACUCAGCCAAAUGUUUGUGCGGGGAGAACUGCAGCCAGCCAUCCUCUGUGUGACUCGCCCGCUUCCUCUUUGAGUUGCUGUUGUAUGUAAUAUAUUUAUGUAUGUAUUUGUAAAUGUAAUAGAGCCUAAAUGUGGUUUUCUGCA